CUGGAGGCCGCCAACAUCGCGGGCGUAGCCUCGUCCUCCUCGUCCUGGAACACCAGUUCAGAGUGGUUGACCUCCCACCAGCAUUCCAGCUGCCUGUCGAACACGUCCACUGCAGCGGACGCCAGAUACACCCGAGGCUGCAGCGCGCCCUCCCAACUCAUCCCGGGUUUUGGCUUAAGAACUGACACAGGUCUCAGGGUUGGCAUCCGGGGCUUUGGCGCCCGCGGCCUGAACGACAGGGUCAGUAUGUCUGCCCUCCGCCCGACCACCACAGACGAGGCCGCCUCGACCUCUAACCUGGGCCCCAGCAACCCCCGGGUAUCCGUACAAGGAUCUGUCCCGCCCUCAAGGUCUCCCCGAUUGCCCCUACAGAACACCUUGCACUCAGCACCGGGCUCCACCCAGAUAUCAAUAGGAGAAACUCCUAGACCCACUAACACCUUCAGAGGGUCGGUGCAGGGAUCCAUCUCUCCCGUGACGCCCGCCUUUAUCAAAAUAUCGGCACCAGCACCUCCACCACCCAGUAACACUCCCCGAGUGUCACUACUUGGAUUAACCUCGCCCUCAGUAUCCGGUUCCACCUUGGGUUCGGUGCAAGGACCACCUACACCCAAUAACAACCCCCUACUAUCAGGACAAGAGUCCAACCGUGUCUCCAUGCCCGACUCCCAGCAGUUAGCUGCAAAAAGAUCUGCACCGCUCUCAGCCUCGUCCCGAGAGUCGGUACAAGGGUCUGCCCCGCCCUUGGUGGUCAGCUUUCCUGAGAGUUUGGUGCGAGGAUCUAUCGCGAUUUCGGACUCCUCCCGAGUGUCGAUUCGAGGGUCCCCCCCGCCCUCAGAUCUUAGCACCCCUCAGAGUUCGAUACCAGGACCUCUUACUCCCAUGAACUCUCAAGUGUCCACACAAGAGUCCGCUCAGCUCUCAGAGCAAAGUUACCCCCAAAGAUUAGUGGAAGGAUCGGCUCCACCCCCGGAUUCCCCCGGGAUACCAGUACCAGGGGUCGCUCCGCCCUUGGAGCCCGGCUCCGCCCAGGAAUCGGUGGAGGAAUCGGCUCCGCCUUCGGGCUCCCCCCGAGACUCGGUAGAAAAGUCCGCUCCGCCCUCGGCCAGACCCACUCCUGUACCCACGCCCCGGGAGAGCCGCAACCAGAGCAUGGAGAGUCUGCAGAAGACGAGUGACGCGGGCCAGAUGUUCGACGUAGUCGUGAUAGGAGGCGGCAUUUCAGGAUUAUCUGCUGCCAAACUCUUAGCCGAACAUGAAGUUAAUGUUUUGGUUUUAGAAGCCCGGGAGAGAGUUGGAGGAAGAACAUACACAGUGAGGAAUGAACAUGUUGACUACGUAGAUGUUGGCGGUGCUUAUGUAGGCCCAACCCAGAAUAGGAUCUUACGGUUAUCUAAGGAACUGGGUUUAGAAACUUACAAAGUGAAUGUAAAUGAGCGUCUUGUUCAUUAUGUCAAGGGAAAAACUUAUCCAUUUCGGGGUGCCUUCCCUCCAGUAUGGAAUCCCAUUGCCUAUCUGGAUUACAACAACCUGUGGCGGACCAUGGAUAACAUGGGAAAAGAGAUUCCAGCUGAUGCACCAUGGGAGGCCCCACAUGCAGUGGAAUGGGAUAAGAUGACUAUGAAAGAUCUCAUCGAAAAAAUCUGCUGGACAAAGACUGCUCGGCAGUUUGCAUCUCUCUUUGUGAAUAUCAAUGUGACCUCUGAACCCCAUGAGGUGUCUGCCCUGUGGUUCUUGUGGUACGUGAAACAAUGUGGAGGCACCACUCGGAUAUUCUCCAUUACCAACGGAGGCCAGGAACGGAAGUUUGUAGGUGGAUCUGGUCAAGUAAGCGAACGGAUAAUGCAGCUCCUAGGGGACAAGGUGAAACUGAGGAGUCCUGUCACCUAUGUUGACCAGUCAAGUGAAAACAUCACCAUAGAGACCCUGAAUCGUGAACUUUAUGAGUGCCGAUAUGUCAUUAGCGCCAUCCCACCAACUUUGACUGCCAAGAUACACUUUAGACCAGAGCUUCCAUCAGAGCGAAACCAGCUGAUACAGCGUCUUCCAAUGGGGGCUGUCAUUAAGUGCAUGAUGUAUUACAAGGAGGCCUUUUGGAAGAAAAAGGAUUACUGUGGCUGUAUGAUUAUUGAAGAUGAGGAAGCUCCAAUUUCAAUAACGCUGGAUGAUACCAAGCCAGAUGGAUCACUGCCUGCUAUCAUGGGCUUCAUCCUUGCUCGAAAAGCUGACCGGCUCGCUAAAGUACAUAAAGAUAUAAGAAAAAGGAAAAUCUGUGAACUGUACGCCAAAGUGCUAGGAUCUCAAGAAGCUUUACAUCCGGUGCACUAUGAAGAGAAGAACUGGUGUGAGGAGCAGUACUCCGGAGGCUGCUACACUGCGUACUUCCCCCCAGGGAUCAUGACUCAAUAUGGAAGGGUGAUUCGCCAACCUGUAGGCAGAAUUUACUUUGCUGGCACAGAGACUGCCACACAAUGGAGUGGUUACAUGGAAGGAGCAGUAGAGGCCGGUGAACGGGCCGCUAGAGAGGUCUUGAAUGCUUUGGGGAAGCUGGCUGCCAAAGACAUCUGGAUCCAAGAACCUGAAGCUAAAGAUGUUCCAGCUAUAGAGAUCACCCCCAGCUUCUGGGAGAGAAACCUGCCUUCCGUACCAGGCCUGCUGAAGAUCGUUGGGUUUUCCACAUCGAUAACUGCCGUGUGGUUUAUGAUGUACAGAUUCAGGCUGCUAAGCCGAUCCUGAAGUUUUGGCUUCAUGCUUUCUGCUUAGCCUUCCCCAGUAUCAUCAAAAGCAAAUUGCCGACCCAUAGAACAGCCGUGCAAUCAGAUCAUCUUUAAGUGAACCAAUUUAACCCCUCAGUUUAAUCUCAGUGUAUGACCUCCUUAAUUUCCGGAAGAUCAAGCUCCAUCUUGUGAUUUGUCUGUAGACCAGCUCGUGUUGAUUGGUAGAAAAUAACCUUGUGAUCAAUUUCUUAACAUCAAGAAGUUAAAGUUGACAUGCUCAUGAGAAACA